AUGUAUACACAUGUACAUUUUUAUUAUAUAGAGUCCCAGGGGGUCCUGGAGGGGGGUCUGGGGCGCAUUGGGGACCAGCUGGUUCUAGAGGAAGAGUAUGAUGAGAACUACAUCCCUGAAGAUAAAGAAGUCUGGGAUUUUGCACAGGAGAUCGGGAUCGACCCUGAGAAGGAGCCAGAGCUGCUCUGGCUGGCCAAGGAGUGUCUGGUGGCCCCAAUACCCCCCCCCUGGAAGGCCUGCCAGGAUGUCACUGGUGAUCUCUACUACUUCAACUUUGCAAACGGUGAGUCCAAGUGGGAACACCCCUGUGAUGGCCACUACAAACAGCUCGUCAUUCAGGAGAGGGAGAAGCUGCUGGCACAGGGUGCUUUGAAGAAGAAAGAGAAGAAGAAGAAAAAAGAGAAGAAAGAAAAGAAAGAGAAGAAGGAGAAGCAGUCACUGCAGCCACUUACUCCCUCAGGCACCCUCCUGGCACCCGUGCAGGCUCCCCCGGGGACCCUCGCUCCGCUGCGCCUCGCGCCCUGCCCGACUGGUGCCCUCCCUGGGCCGUGGAACAGGAACCUGGGGGGCCUGGGGGGCUCUGUCCCCAGGGCAGGGCUGCAGCCUGUAGGGGCCUGUGAGCCCACCAGCCAGACCAAGAGGUUGCUGGGCUUGGUCUGUGAAGAAGAGGGCUCAGUGACCACAGCAGCUCAGGAUGAGGGGAGACAGGAAGAGGAGGAGGAAAGUGAGAAUGAGAGCCUCCAUGGGACAUCAAGACUGCUCAAAAACCUGCACAUGGAUGUCAGUGCCCUGGGAGGCAGCUUCAACUCUGAGGAGGACAGCAAAGAGGAGGAGGAGGAGGCUGGCAGAGGGGUGGCUGAUGCUGCUGAAGCUGAUCCCCAGCACAGGAGCAGCCCCGUGGAGGAACCUGGCAGCCUGGCUGAGAAGGAGUCUUUAAAAUCAAGACACCCUGAAGAAGGGCAGGAGUCUUCCUUGGAUUCUGAUGCUGCGUGCCCUCCAACUCCAGUGGACGUUCGUUCUGGAGAUGCUGACAGUAGCCUGUCUGGCCAGGACAAGGAGAAUUCAGAUGGGAAACCUGCUGGGAAGGAGUUACUGGGCACAAAAGAUGCUGAGGUGGAAGGUGACAUCUCUGCAGCUGAAGAGCUGCCCCAGUCUCUGGGGGAAAGAAGUGCAGCAGGGACCAAUGUGCCCAGUGGUGCUGAGCAGCCUGGAGCUGUGUCUGCAGCUGCUGGAGGGGCUGAGGAAGAGGAGCUGGAGAGCCUGGCUGCAGCUCCUGGCACCCUGUCUGCUGGGGAAGAGUCAGUGAAGGAAAGCAGGGAAGAGGCAGCAGCUGAUGUGGAAGCAGAGAUCAGGCUGGAUGCUGGAGAACUUUCAGAGUUGUCCAGGAGCAGUGACUUUGGGGAGGACUUGCAAGUCUCCAAACACUCAGACCAUGUGCUGGGUCAGCCUGUGGACUUGGGUUUCCAGACACAGCUUUCUGAGCAGGUGCUGGACGUGGAGGUUCUGCCUCCUGCUCUGGACAGUCCCACGGGCAAGGCCCAGGAGCUGGGAGAAGAGGAAAAAGACCAAAGUAAAGCCAGUAUAGAGGAAGAGCAAAGUAAAAGAACAAAAGCUGCUGAGAGUGAGAGGGAUCAAAGUGCUGGUGAAACGCCACAAGGGCAGUGUGUUGCUUUAGAGAAUCCGGGCCAGGAGGAGGUUGUGGCCCAGGAACUGGAUUCACCGGGGAGCCCCAGCAGUCUGGAGGAGCUUGUUGCCCCACAGGAAGUGCAAGCUGAGAAGGAGAUGGAGCAUCAACAGUCCUUGAACCAGCCCAGUGAGGAAUCCCUGGAGGGAAUAGCCACAGAGCUGGAGCUGGAGCUGAAGCCAGAGAAAAUAAACUUGGUGCAAGAAAAGGAGGAGAAAAUUCAGCAGUUCCUGGAGGAGAUGGGGCAGCAGGAGGAAGACGAACCUGAGAAACUUCAUCAGCAACAAGAAAAAUGCCUCAGGACUCUAAAAGAAGAUCUGGCAAAGGUCUCUGAGGAGGAGGAGCUGCGUGUCAGGAAGGAGGAAACUGAGAGGCUCUCAAAGCUGCGAGACAAGAUCACCUCAGAGACUGAGGCAGAGGUGGAGAAGAUAAGGGCAGAGCAAGAGGCCACACUGCAGAAACUGAGAGAGGAGUGGGAAUCCCAGUGGGCAAUGGAGAAGGAGAGCCUGGAGAGGAAACAGCAGCUUGCUUUGAAGAAAAUAAAGUUGGAAAUGGAGGAAGCUCAGCAGAAAGAGAUGACUGAGCUGGAACAAGAGAAAGAACAAUUCCUGUGUGAGCUUAAGGAGAGAUUAGACAGGGAAAAGAAGGAGGCAGCAGGAGAGCUCGAGAAGCAGUUUGCAGCUGAACUCCAGGAGCUGAGAUCUGCAGCAGAGGAGAAGCAUCGUCAGGUCAUUUCCAGCCUGCAGACCCAGAUAGCAGAGGCACAGAGGAGUGAGGAGGCUCAGCUGCACGAGGACCUGCAGAGAGCAGAGCAGAGGGUGCAGCAAAAGGCCUUCCAAGUAACAGAGUAUGAACGUGAGCUCAGCGAGCUGAUGAGAGAGAAACGCCUGGAAGUGGAAAAGGACCACGAGAGGAAGAUGGAGAGGAUGAAGGAGGAGCACCAGGAGGCUUUAGCGCGGAUGCGGGAUCAGUACGAGGAGGAGGAGCGGCAGCAAAGGGCAGAGCUGCUGUCGGGGCUGCGGGGGGAGCUGGGGCGGCUGCGGCAGCGCCAGGACGCGGAAUUGAGCACCCUGAGGGCACAGCUGGACACGCAGCUCGUGGCCCUGCAGCUCCGGCACAGCCAGAAGGAAAGAGAACUGCAGGAUUCAGAAAAUGAGCUUGAGAUCCGCAUUAAGAACGUCAAAGUCAGGUCAGCUCAGCUCCUCAGCCAGGAGGAGUCUCUGAGACAGAAGAGGCAGCAGCUGCUGGAUGAAGACAAACGGACAGAGCAGGAAAGAGAUGAAGCUGCCUUAGCUUCUCAAGUCCGCCUGGAGGAGAACAGGAAGGAACAUGCCAACCUCCUGGAGUCCAUCCGGCAGCUGCGCAGGUCUCUGGAGGAGCUGCAGGACCAGAAGGCUGAGCUGGAGGCCCAGGUGGAUUUGCUGCAGACCCGAAGCCAGAGGCUGCAGAAACGCAUCAGUGAGCAGGAGGCAGCUGUCAGGAGCAAGCAGGAGACUUUGAAAGAACUGGAGGCAGAAGAAAGUGUGGAAUCUCCAAGAAGGAAAGCUGAGCUCCACAUUGAGGACCUGAGAGAAAAUAUUCAAGCUCACUCAUCCAGGGAUCCUGCUUCCCCACCCUCUCCCAGCCAGGAGGACGGCGAGUUCCAGCUGGACCAUGUCAGGAGAUACAUCUCUGCAGAAGGGCUGUCCAUCCAGAAUGCCAAGGAGUUCCUGCUGCGCCAGACGCGCUCCAUGCGGAGGCGGCACACGGCGCUGAGCGCGGCCACGCAGCGCUGGCGCCACGACAUGCAGAAGGCACAGGAGGUGCUGCAGGAUCCUGACAGCUCCCAGCUCCUGGAGGGGGUGCGCCAGAACCUGGAGGAGGAAGCAAAGCAGUUGGACGAGAUGAAGUCGGCUAUGCGGAAGGGACAGGUGCUGCUGAAGAGGAAAGAGGAGAAGCUGAGCCAGCUGGAGUCCUCACUGCUGGAGGAGCUUUCAGAUGAAGACACGCUGAAGAGUGCUGGGUGCAGGAAGAUGGUGACUUUUGAUCUCAGCAGCUCUGAGGACACAAACAGCUCAUCCAGUUUAAAUCAGCCUAAACUUGAUUUGAGAGCUGAUGUACGGCCUGUCCCACAGCCAGACAAGGUCCAGUACUUGAAAUCCUCUCUGCAGCACAUCACCAGUGAGCUGAACGGGGUCCUUGGCAUCUUGGACUCUCUGAACAGUCACCAGUCUCCACUCCUCACCUCAACGCCCCAUCGUGGUGUCCCUCUGUCCACCUACACCUCCUUGGCAGGCCUGGGGGCAGGUGGCUCCCUGGGACCCCUCACAAGAGGGUCUCUGGAGGAGCCGUGGGCCUGGAGCCCUGGGCUGAGCUCCAGCCAGGCCUGUGCAGCUGGGCAGGCAGUGGAUGCCAUCCUGGCUGAGAAGUGGCGCAAGUAUUUCCCCAGUGGGCUCCCAACACUCAGUGGGAAUUCCAAGCCUCUGGACAACAAGCUGGGAUAUGUACCUGCAGGAGAGCAAAUACGGCAGUUCCAGCACUCCCAGUUCUGGAGUCGGGACUCAGACAAGAUGAAUAUUCAAGGAAUGAUUGAGAGCAACAAGAAAUGGCUAGAAGACUUCAAGAGGGAUUCACAAGUGUAUCCUUUGCCUGAGUCUGUUUCCCUGAAGAAAUCAGAGCCCUGUGAGCAGAGCUGCCUGUUCCUGAAGGGUGAGUUCACCGAGCUGAACAGGGUUCUGUUCCAAGGGGAGAGAGCUGAGGUGCCCCAGGGAACAGCCUGGAGGAGUAGGAUGCAGGAAGGGAUGGAUCACAGUGCAGGUUUCCUGUUUGCUGUAGGAUUGAGUUAAUCCCUGUCUGCAGGGGUCUUGGUUUUAGUUUCCUGGCUGUUGUUUGGGAGCCGCCUGUUCCACGAGGAGCCCCUGCCAUACCUGGUGUACCAGCCCCUGCCCUGGCAGAUCCAGUGUGUGAGCCAGAGCCGCCGCAGCAGCCGGGACAGCGAGAGAGGCAGAAGCUCUCGGCACAACAGCGUCUACUCGAUUUCUGAAGAGAAAGGCAGCCUGAGCCCUGAGGCCAGCAGCGAGGGCAGGUUCUUCAGUGAUGCUUCUGAGAAGGCAGCCCUCACCAUCCAGAACCACUUCAGGAGAUACCAGCAGCAGAAGGAGGAGAAGUAG